AUGACCAACCACCUGUUCUCCUUGGUGGACCUCGGCGAGCUGCUCGCAGCGCACAGCCUCGAGGUCGCCAUAGUCCUCGGCGGGCUGACCGACGAAAUGGCCGCUGGCGGCGGCGCGGCUGCCGGUUCAUUUGCCCAAGGCCUCGCGGCUGCGCACCCCCAGUUCUCCUUUCACUGCCUGCCGUACGUCAGGCGCCCGCGCGACGUGCCCGCCCUCGAUUACGUGGUGCAGACCUUCGAGCUCGCCCGCGCCUCCAACUCUGACCUCCGUGAAUUCCUCCGCGUCGCUUCCCCUUCCCCGGCCGCCCUGGUGCUGGACUUCUUCUGCGGCAGCGCCGUGGACGUCGGCGCCGAGCUGGGCAUCCCCACCUUCCGCUCGCUGGAACCCCGCGCCACUGACGCCAUCGUAGCAGGCCUCUGCACGCCACCCAGGAGACGGCCGAGGCACGUGGCGCGCGGGCUGGAGAUGAGCGGGCAACGGUUCCUGUGGGUCGUGCCGGGCCCGCCUGGUGGCGAGGAAGACGGGCAGAAGCCGGACGCCGGCGGCCUCGGCGCGCUCCUCCCCGAGGGCUUCCUGGCGCGCACCAAGGGCAAGGGGCUGGUGGUCGAGGCGUGGGCGCCGCAGCGCGAGGUGCUGGCCCACGGCGCCGUCGGCGGGUUCGUCACGCACUGCGGCUGGAACUCGGUGCUGGAGGCGAUCAUGGGCGGCGUGCCCAUGCUGGCGUGGCCGAUGUACGCCGAGCAGCGGAUGAACAAGGUGUUCCUGGUCGAUCUGCGCCUCGCCGUGCCUCUGGAAGGGUACGGCAAAGAGAUAGUCAAGGAUGAGGAGGUAGCUGCCAAGGUGAAGUGGCUCAUGGAGUCGGACGGCGGCAGGGAGCUUCGUGAGCGGACACGGGCGGCGAUGCGGGAGGGAAGGAGACGCUGA